CAACACAUUCCUUGUAUGCUGUAUUUAUACUGUAGCGUGUUAAACAACCCGACUCUGAUUCAUUUGUGGAGGUGAACUAGGGCAAGUAAUGGUGAAUAUUAAGUCGCCGGGUUGCUGCUGCUGCUGCUGCUGCUGCUGCUGCACUGUCUCCACUUUCAGAGUGACAUCACUGGAGUUUCCCUUCUGCAAAAGCAGCCGCCACAGCAUAAAUACUACAAGGGCUCUGGCAGAAGUUCAUUCUAACCCAAUAGCAACACAAAGAGACGAUCUCCACAGAGGACCGGAAGCAGCCGCGGGCACCGCAUCCAGCCAAGUGUUUAUCUGGUGAUUCUUCUAAUCAGCGAGCAGCCAACCUGUGAGAGCAGAGAGGGCCACAGCAUGGUGGUGUACACGACGGCACUGGGAGACCUGGAGGUGGGAGAGCAGCAGAAGACUGUGGUGUUCCUGGAGAAGAAGUCGUCCCCGCGGUGGCUCUGGAAGGCGUCCGGGCUCUUCCUGCUGGUGGCCCUCUGCUUGGGAGGCGUCCUGUGCUUCACUCUGUACUGGAGCGGGAGGCCGGAGAUGACGAAGGAAUCGGGCCAGAAGGUGGAGCUCACUGAGAAUGAUGCUGCCAAGAAAACAGAGUUCGGCAACCUGAGGCAAGUCGGCAGCAAAGCCAAAGCAGCCAUCCACCUAGAAGGCUAUGACGACGACGACAGCCUGGAGUGGAGGAGCGCACAAGGCCAGGGCUUCUCCCAGGGCGGCUUCAGGAUGGAGAACAACAAGAUCGUCAUCCCAGACUCGGGCCUGUACUUCGUGUACAGCCAGGCGUCCUUCAGAGUCACCUGCCGCGAGGACGACGGGCCCAACAGCCCUUUGACGCCUCUCAGCCACAAGGUGUGGCGCUAUUCAGAUUCCAUAGGCAGCGACUCGUCUCUGAUGAGCGCAAUAAGGUCGGUGUGCCAGGGCGGCGCUCCGGAGGAGGGCCGGGGCCGCUACAGCGCCAUCUACCUGGGAGCGGUCUUCAAGCUGAAUAAAGGGGACCAGCUGUGGACGGAGACCAACCAUAUCCCACAGCUGGAGACAGAGGAAGGCAAGACCUUCUUUGGUGUGUUCAAACUAUGAACUGACUGAAUGCUGUGAAACGAGACCCAGAUCUCAACCUAGCGCCAGAACUACUGGCUUUAGGACGUUUUUCAUUUUUAUUCAUCAUCAUGGUGAUGUAGAAACGUUUCAAUCUCAAUGGAGAUAAAGGUCAUAGCUCAACAGGCUAUGCUGAUUUUUUGAAUCGUAAAAACUGUAACAGUUUGCUCUAGGUACUUAUUUAUUGCAAUGCUGACCUGAGAUUGUAGCCUGGACGUUCUCCACUGUAUCAGGUGAUGCAGCUCCACUGGAGAGGACAACAGGCUGUAAAUGUCCUGUAAAUGUCUUUUACAAACUGUAUGUAUUUAUUUGUAUUUAUAUUUAUUUAAAUUGAUGCAAUGAGCUGUUAAAUAUCAUAUUUAUACACGUUUAGUGUAUGUAAACCUAUUAAAAAACACAAAAGAUCUAUAAAUA